GUUACCAGAACCUUGUGCCUCAUCUCCUUUCCUCCGUUUAAGUGCUUCUCUCUCUCAAAAUGGGUACUAGGCUGCAACCUGCGGUUAAGCGAGCGGCAGAAAGCGACGACGAGCUGGAAAUCCAGCAAAGGAAAAUUAACAAUGGCCUACGCGUGGCCAAAAAGCGCCUGAAAGCACACGGAUCUUUUGACACCCACUAUUGGGCCAGGGCGGCAGAAGUCGAAACCAUACUUCUGCAACGUACUGAGGUUGACCGGAAGAUAUCCUUAAGAGAUUUUGUGGGGCCAGAAGCAGACUGGCAAAAGACUGAGAAAGCAAAGGCUCUCUUCGAGCAGAUAAAAGCGCAAAAGACUUCGAAGAACAUGUGUGAAAGGCGUAAAAAGGAGCUGGAUCCCCAGUAUUUGAAUCGCAAGGCAAGCCUGGGCAGGCGUCUUCGAUCUAGCUGGAUAAAGCUGUUCACCACAAGCAAGAUGGGCCUAUGUAUUAAGAACACAGGUGCUGGGGAGAGAGACUCAAGUAAUCAGUCUAGAUUCCGGAAACAUAUGAUCGAAAUCUACGGUAGUAAUCGGCCGGGGGAGGAGGUUUUGUGGUGCCCUAUCCUGGGCCAAUAUUUCGACGAAAAUGCUGUGACAGCAUCACAUCUGUUCGCAUACAUGCAUGGACAAGACACAAUGGAUGCGAUUUUCGGGCCCACAAAGACACCGGAACUUUUUUCGCCCAGAAAUGGGCUUCUGAUCCAUAUCAACAUCGAAAAAUUCUUUGAUUCUGGAAAAUUCGCCAUUGUCCCGGAUCUACCGGAAAGGCCUAUAUUGGCCGAAGUUCGGGCUUGGGUUGGCCUGGAAACCCGGGAAUAUAAGCUCAUAAUACUUGAUAAAUCCUGGGACAAGCUAGACAAAAGGAUAAGCUGCCACUAUCCGAUAACAUAUCGGGACCUGGACGGGCGGCGGUUGGCGUUCAAGACAGCCUUCCGACCAGCAGCGCGAUAUCUGUACUUCCAUUACUGUGUACAAGUCCUCACCCGGGCGUGGCAGCAGGAUAGCAGUAAGCAGGUGAACAACACAAUCCGUGAUGAGGUGGGGAGACACUUCUGGGGAACCCCGGGCAGGUAUCUGCCCCGGAACAUGCUGCUUGCUUUUGUGGAAGAAUUGGGCCACGAAUAUGAAGAGUUGUUGGAAGGGUCGUCCAGAAAAAGGGGAGAUAAUGCCUUGCUGGUGGAGGUAGCCACCAAGCAGGUAAAGACCCGACAGGGAGAAUUGGACAAGAAAGUCCUGGGCGAUGAGUAUGAUGAAAGUCUGGAUGGGGACAAU